AUGCGGCCGCCACCUCCGCCGGGGUGGGGAAGGGAGAAAGUGGUAGAUACUAGGAAGGGGAUCGGCUGCAAGGAGAAAAGCAGUGAUACAGGCGCUGGCAAACGAGGUAGGCUAACAAAGGCAGAGCAGCUAGCCAAGGCCCACAGGCCAAGAGCUAAUAGCGUGGGCAUAAUAGAAGAGUUAAAUAGAAAAAGAGAAAGAGAGGAGAAGAGAACAAAAGAAGAUCGGACUCAACAGCCGUUUAAGAAAAGCGCAAAAACACAGAGAUCCCCAAUCAAGAACAGUACAUAUAAUAUGGAUAACCAAUGUACUGAAAAUAAAGAAGGGGAGGAAGAAAAACAAACGGGAUCAGUAGAAGGGGAAAAAGAUAGUCAGACCCCAUGGGGCAUUAUUAUGAAGGAACUACAAGGGAUGAGGCAAGAGAUGAAACAAGAAUUUGAGAAGGACAGAAACGAAUCCCGGAAAGAAAGGUCGGAGCUGAGAAAUGAGAUAAAGAAGCUAAGAGAAGAAAUGACCGAAAAAGGAAAAAACUGGGAAAGGAAAUACCUAGAGGCGGAGGAACGGGCAAAGAAGCUGGAGGAAAGAUUGGAAAGGCUAGAAGGAAGGGAAAAAAAAGGAAUGGAGGAUACCGAGGGACGACUAAGAGAAAUAGAAGAGAAGGCAACACAAAUAGCAGCAGGAAAAAGAGGGCCAAACCAAGGGGACGGAGACUACCUAGACAUAUGGAAGGCCAAACUAGAACAGCUAGAUAGGAACUGGGAGGCAACGAAGAGAAGGGAGAGAAAGAAUAAUAUAAUAGUAAGAGGGAAAAAAUGGCCCACAAGAAACGAAAAAGAAGAAAUAGAAAAACUCCUGAGAGAAGAAUUGAAUACGGAUGCGAAAGCCAGAAGAGUAAGAGUGCUAGGCAAUGAAAGAAACAUGGCAGUGGUAGAAAUGGAAAGUUGGGAAGAUAAGGCAAAAGUGAGGAGGAUGAAGAAAGAACUCAAAGACAAAGGCCAGAUGAUAUUCAUAGACAACGACUAUACACAAAAGGAAAGAGAGAUACAAAGAAAGCUAGUAACGAGGGCAAAGAAAGAGAAGGAAAAGGGAGCGCAAGUGAAGGUUGGAUAUAUGAAAAUCCAGAUACAAGGAAAGUGGUGGUUCUGGAAUGAGGUAGACGGAGAGAUCAGGGAGGAGAGGAACUUUCGAAACGGAAGAGGGACGACAUCCGCAGAAAUCUAA